CAGUCCUGCCUCAAUCACACACGCAUCCAGCAGAAGAGUAGUAGAGGAAUACUGGAUUGUCAAAGAUGAGUCUGGUUCUCAGGGGUCCCUUAAUUGUACCAUUAAGAAAGUUAAUGUAAUUUUCAUCCAGCUUCCAUAAUCACUUCUUCGGUGUAAGGUUGUGAGGAGCCCGGGGCAUUUUCUAUAAGACCCAGGACAGGAUGCCAGCCCAUGGCACACACAUUUACACAAGCAUGGGGCAGGACCCCUAGAGGUAUGAGGCUACAUUGCUACCCAAGGUGCUACUGUUCCACCCCUUCUGAAUAAAAUGAAUUGAUUUAAAAUAACUAAGUGGCUAAAUGGAUAUAAUGAUGGAAUGGAAGCUAAAUCCAUUUGGAUACAUAACUGGAUACACAGAGGCUAACUGGGCCUUAUGGUGGCUCAAUGGGCAGUACUGUUGCCUCAUACCUCCAGGGUUAUGGCUUUGAAUUACAAGUCUGUGUGUGACUGUGUGUGUUUUUUUCCAUGUUAUGUGGGUUUUUUUAUAGUUCAAAGACAAGCAGUUCUAACUGAUAUCCCUCAGUUGGCCAUAGUGUAUUGUUGUGUCUAUGUGUGCUCAGAAGUGCCUUGCAAUGUACUGGUAUCCUAUCUUGGGUGUUACCCAGCCCUAUGCUCUGUACUGCUUGGGAUAGGCUACAGCACCCUCCCAUUUAAACAGGGUAAAUAAUUGGAUGAUGGAUGGAUAUAAACUAACUUUUAAGAACAGUUUUUAAGAACAGUUGCUGGACCCCUGUCAUUUCUCCUAUUUCUAUAUUUCGAAGUUAAUUGAUAAUGUAAAAUUAUAUGUUUCCUUUUGUAAAAUGUGAAACACACACAGUGUUUUGUGGGUGCUUAAUAUACUUGUGUAUGAGAGAAGAUGGGGCUGAGACUGUUUUACUGCCACGGGCAACGACAAAAAUGAAGUGAACAGAAAUACCCAGCAGGUCCGCCUCAGAUGUGCAUCGGUGCUGGCGGUCUUGGGAUGCUUUGUGUGGUGACUAUUCUCCAUACGUAUUGAGAAGACAUUAGCGAGGUUUAUGGCUUCUGCAGUGGUGCCAGCUGCCCACGUAAGCUUUGGAAGCUGCCAUAAGACUAAAGGGAAAAAAUGUUUACUCGGCCCUAAACCCUGGCUGGGUCAGCUCAGAAAAGCACCAUACUGCUUUUCCAAGUUCAUAAAUUGAAUAUGACGCCCCACAGCAAGUCUGUCAUUUCCAACAUGGCUGUUUACACAGUCUGCUGUCUCAUGAAAUGUGAAAUUAGAAUGUUGGUUUAACAUUGGCAUAAGAGCAAAGCUGCUCCCUCAAGACAGGGUUUCCAUUCUCCUCAAUGCUUGUGUUAACUACUGCCCUCUUGAGUUUUAACGUAGAACAACACAUUGCUGUUUAGGUCCUCAAGAGCUCAAGUUUUAUAUCAAGCAAAAUUUUAUGUCGCUAUCUGUAUAGAGGCUGUAAAGAGAUUACUUGUCAAGACUCUCAAGGCUGAUUCAUACUUCAUAUGAAAGCGGGUGUGCAUAGUGACAGUGACCAUGCAUGAUCCUGAAUGUUCAUACUUCUAGCACCAACAUGCCAUGCAACUGUGUACUUUGGUGUCAGGCCUGGUGUAGCACUGUAGUGUAAAACUGUUCUUAAAAGUCAUAUUUAUGAAGAGUGAUAUGGAUGUUCUAAAAAUAAACAAGAAUUUUCCCAUGCACAAGUCAGGGUUAUAAUCGUAAAAAACAUUUCCAUAAACAAAAUGAGUUAUAAAAAUAAAAUAACUACAGCUAAACAAAGAUUUUCAAUAUUGCUUCCAAAACCAGCUGAAAUAAAAACAAAUGUCACAUACUUCCUGUUACUUAUUUUAAAUACUAUUUAGCAGAAGUAAUUUGUUUAUCUUUGGGCCUGUCUUGCAAAUGCAGAUGAACCAUAGAAAUGGGCAAGAGUGCUACAUUGCAACAUUUUGUAGUAGCUAGCAAAGACUUACAAGUUUCCAUCAAUCCCUAGAAAUAAAAUUAGUAAAACCUAAACUAAAAUGUAUAACAACUACAUAGAUUUACAUCUUUAAAGUAAAAACUAAUGAAGUCACACCUAAAACAAAGUUAGAAUUCAAAUGAAAAUCAAAAUGCCGAUAAAACUCAUUCAGAAACAUAUACAGGUAUGUGCCAUUACAGUACAAACAUUUCAUUUUAGUUUGUAGCCAUCUUUUUUAUAAUCUUAUAGUGAGGAAUAACAUAAAUGCUAGUAUUGACUUUUUCAGUCAACCAUUCUUCAAAUCCACAAGCUAUUUUUUGUCAUAGGGUAGAAAGGGUGUUUGUAUUCAGUCUUUGGUCUGCAUAUAUUUUGCAGUGUAAAUUACCAUCUGUACAUUUGAAUCUCAGUGUCUGUGAAUUUCCAAAGUCUUCAGAAAGAUAGCCUGUUAUAGAUAACCCUGGAAAUUCUACCAUCUUGGUGUUGAUGUGGAUGUCUGAAGUUUCUUUAUCAGUUUUAUUUGGUUCGCAGUUUUCAUGGUUUGAUGUUGGGACUCAUAAUUAAUGAAAAAUGAUACUUAGUGUGAAUUGCCCGCACAGUUAUGAAUGCAAACAUCUGUUUGUAUGUGUCUGUCACUGUGCAUAUGUCCUGACUUAUGUGAACCCCUUCUGUGGUACACCCCCCACUUAAAGUAUAUAUGUGCUGCUGGCUUGUAAUAGUGUAUUUCAUUUGAAUAGGGAAGUUGGAAUUUUCAAAUUCCUAGUUGGGAAUUUUAAUUGCAACGCUCCCUGAGGUCGGACUUCCAAUUUGGAAAAACCAGACGACCCUCUACAAUCCCGACAUUAAGAUGGCUGCUCCGUGCAUCAACAGUAAAAAGCUGUAGUAAUAAACUGUUGUACCGCACUGCCUUAUUUGUGUCUCAUUAAAUCGGUAGUACACACAGUACUGUCCAACCUUUGUCUGUGGACAUGUUGCUGUGUUGUUUGUAUGUGCAAAAUACCACGCAAUGCUUUGUAAUUAACUGGUAUUACUGAUGUCUAAUGUGGCUAGUUGUACAGGAACGGCAUUAACUCUAAAUUGGUGUGACGUCAUUCCCAGCUCCGACGUCUGAGAUAAAUGGAACGCAGCAUAAUAUUCUGGGUAAACAAAGUGGCCUGGUGACGACACAUCCUUGGUACAACAAUGAUCAGCAUGUAGUGGGGGGGGAUGAUCCAGUUCCCAGGUGCCUCAUUGUGUGUGUAUCAGCCUCAUUCAUUGGUGUACUUGCCAAAAACAAUAGGAGCGGUGGGAUGUCGGCUUUCCAUACAUUUUUUGGUCUACUAUUCUUCUUUAUUAUUAUUUGCUUUUUCCCAAACUAUCAUAAUUCUCGAAAAACAGAGUUUUUUGUUUGCAUUUCACCAAAAGGUUAUUAAAUACCAGGUGUUUGCUUUUCAUAUUUAUUGGAACUUGAAUCUUAUUUUCAGGUUCUUGUAAGUCAGCCAAGAGGAAAGUUUCCAUCUUGCCAACUUCAUAAACCUAUACUGUGAAUCCUAUACAUAUCACUUAAGACUAUAAUUGUUAGUGUGGUGGCCCAAGACAACAUUCCCCUGACCACUUUCUGGGGAAAAAAUGCUAACUUUUUCCUUUCUUUUUUCCAAAGCAUGUAUCUUUACACCAGAGCAGCAGGGAAUGGGUUAUAAGUGGAACCUCUCCUUCAGAGGAAGGAGUGUGUGAGUGAGUAGUUAAAAAGCUAGACAGAAGCAUCUGGCUUCCCAGGCCAGCACAUGGAGAAGAGGGAAAUUCGGGGGGGCUAGGAGGGGUGUGGGGGAGUGGCCUUGACAUGUGUGAGUGUGUGUGAGUAUAGGCCAGUCACUGAGGAAGAGAGUUUGGGGAGACAUGCCGGCAGCAACUGGAGCAGAAUGGAAAGCAUGAGCAGUGCGAGGUUACAAGGAUCUUGACAGGGACAGCUUGGGGGAGCGAGAGCGAAUCAAAUUGCAGAUUCGAGAGCUGCGCAGUCAGCAGAAACAGAGCAGAGAGCAGCACAGAGCAGGCUCCAGCACAGGCAUGACGCUGGUCAUGGACACCGUGGGGAAAGGGGAGCCAGCAGGCCCUGCAGCAGCACGCUGGUGCCUGGAAUCCGGAACCUCCGACUUUAACGGCAUUGUGACUCAGUGCCAGCAGCAGGAUUCAUUUGAGCUGAGCCAGGAAUUUGCACCCUCCAGAGCCCGACUGGACUCAGGGGCAUCUGAGAGGAGUGUGGACUCAUUUUCUAGGCCCCAGUUAGACUUUGAGGCCCCUGACCACAGUGUGGGUUCUAUUCCCAGGGCACAAUUAGACUCUGGGACAUUUGAGAAGAGUGUAGGCUCUGCCUCAAGGGCUCGAUUGGACUCUGGGGCAUCUGAACGGAGUAUGAGCUCUGCCCCCAGGGCUCGAUUGGACUCUGGGGCAUCUGAAAGGAGUGUAGUCUCUGCCCCCAGGGCUCGAUUGGACUCUGGGGCAUCUGAUAGGAGUGUAGUCUCUGCCCCCAGGGCCCGAUUGGACUCUGGGGCAUCUGAAAGGAGUGUAGUCUCUGCCCCCAGGGCCCGAUUAGACUCUGGGGCAUCUGAAAGGAGUGUAGUCUCUGCCCCCAGGGCCCGAUUGGACUCUGGGGCAUCUGAAAGGAGUGUAGUCUCUGCCCCCAGGACCCGAUUGGACUCUGGGGCAUCUGAUAGGAGUGUAGGCUCUGCCUCUUCAUCUCGAUUGGAUUCUGGUACAUCUGAGCGUAGUGUAGACUCUGCCCCCAGGACACAAUUGGACUCUGGGAUAUCUGAGCGGAGUUUAGGCUCUGCUGUCAGGGCUGUACUGGAUUCUAGGGCAUCUGAGUAUAGUGUGCUCUCCACUCAAAGAGCUCAAUACCAUUCUGGAUCUUCUGAGGGCAGCCCAGGCUUCCAGGUCCAACAGAGAGACAGACUAGACUGCGGGAUGUCCGACACAGGCUUGGGGUCGUGGCUGGGGUCCGGAUCCUCCAUUUCAUCACAAAGACUACUGGAAUCACACAAGGAUCUCAGCAGCUGUAUAUCCUCACUUGAGAAAGAUCUCCAGGAGGCAUCAAUGAAGGCAAAGAGUGGCUCCUCCAGCUCAGAUUCAGAGUCUGAGAGCCACAGCCACAGUGCACCAAGGCCCAUUUGUGAGCGCAGUGGUGAGAGUUCCACCACAGAUACAGCUCAUGAGCAGCCUGAUGGUGUUGUCUACUCCAGGAGUGUCCAUGCAUCUUGCAAUGGCUUGGUUAAUGGAAGUCCAAGGACCAGGGAAGAUACUAAAGAACAAAAGACAAUAAGGACAAGAGAGAUGCCGCAGUCACCCUUUUGCACCACCAAACAAACAGCAGGUGACAAGAAGGAUGCAGCCGCUCUCUCCAUCGGCCGAGCAAAUUCUGUUAGGGACCGGGUACGCAAGUUUACUGAAGGCACCUCAGGUCAGAUAGUCCAGGCAAGGAGUUUCUCUGUGAGGAACACUGCCACUGCCAGCAUAAUGCGGGGCCAGACGCCCAUCUCUACAGUGACCCGCCGGUUUGAGGAACCUGGUCUGAAGGAGCAGUCCGAAAGUCCAGGAAAAGGAAAAACUGUGUUGGGACACACCCCCACUGGUCCUGAGGGAGUUGGGAGGUCCCAUGAGGAACGUCCAUCUAGUGCUGUAUCCUCCUCCUCUACAUCUGAGAGCCCUGGAAGUUUACUCCAUCGCCGGGUGGGCAUAAAGAAAGGUUCAUCUACCAGGCCUCAUGUUCCCGCCCCACAACGGGCUCCCGGCAGCCAGUUGCAGAGCCCUGGGGGUGGGGCUUCUGAGCAGCCUGAAAGCAGGGGGCCUGCCCCUGCUGGCUCAGAUGAGAGCAGCACCCUGGACCAGGCAGUGGAGUCAUCAGCAGCCAGCGGCACAUCAGGGGACAUCACAGCUCACAGCCAAGGAGACGGAGAUCCCAGCAUGAAGACUUUCCUUACCAUUGAGAUCAAGGAGGGGCGAACCAUCCCAGGGGGCAGUAUGGCUUCUCGUUUAGCCACCAGUACAGUGGGCAACAGGUCAGACCUGACCUUGGGCCUGAGACCGACUCCUUUCAAGAUCUCCUCUUCUGGAAUCUCUUCCAGUUCCACCUUCAAGAUGGAGAACGAGCCCGCAGUUGCCAUGGAGCCUGUGUUUGUGGCCGCACCCUCGGUCCGUGCAGCCACUGAGACCUCCUCCGUACCCAACGGCUCCUCCGAGGUGCAGCCAAGGUUGAAAGAGCGUUCGGGCAAAGUCACCGCCGAGCACCUUGCUGCAAUUGAAGAUGAGGAGCUCCUAGACAAGAUGCUGGACCAGUCAAAGGAUUUUGACGAGAGGAAGAUGAUUCGGGCAGCCAUGAGGGAACUGCGUCAGAGAAAGCGAGAGGCCCUGCUGGGAUGCACACAGAAGGAGAUAGACCAGCGGGAGCGGGAGAGGGAGUCACGCCUGCAGGAGCUGCGGCAGCAGCGUGAGGAACAACCCCAGAAAGGCAGGCGCCCGGGGGGCGUUGGUGAGGUGGUAGUAAAGAAGGUGGAGAAGUCAGCUGAUGGCUCCUCCCUCCACCAGGUCACCAAGACCGACCGCUUUGCCCAGUCAAAUGAUGGUCGCCAGUCGUCCCGCAGCACCGUCAUGGAAGCUAGCUACGUGCAGAAAUCAGAUAAGGGAACAGUCCAGACUAAGUCCUACAGCUAUGCUUCCUCGAGCUCCAUGAAAGUGGGCAGCGUGUUCGACCGCGAGGACACAUCUGCACAGGAGCGCAGGCAGGCGGAGCGUCAUAAGGAGCUGAUGAGGGCACAGACACUGCCUAAGACCUCGGCUGCGCAGUCACGCCGUGCCAUGAUCGAAAAGCUGGAGAAGGAGAGUGGAGGGCCAGCUAACACGGCAGUAGCUCGGGUGCAGCGCUCCACCAGCUUCGGGGUCCCCAACGCCAACUCCAUCAAGCAGAUGCUGCUGGACUGGUGCCGGGCAAAGACCCGCUCCUAUGAGAAUGUAGAUAUUCAGAACUUCUCCUCCAGUUGGAGUGAUGGAAUGGCCUUUUGUGCCCUGGUGCAUAACUUCUUUCCCGAAGCCUUUGACUACUCCGCCCUCAGCCCCAGCAAUCGCAGGCAUAACUUUGAGGUGGCCUUCAGCACCGCAGAGAAGCUGGUGGACUGCCCCCAGCUGCUGGACGUGGAGGACAUGGUGCGGAUGCGUGAGCCAGACUGGAAGUGCGUGUACACGUACCUCCAGGAGUUCUACAAGGGCCUGGUACAGAAAGGCCUGGUCAAAACCAAAAACUCCUAGAGUGCUGCCCCCACCCCAAGCCCUGCCCAAAAUUACGCCAAAUGGUGAGAGAAGGAGGGGGGAGGGGCACAUUGGGGCUGGAAGUCUGGGAUGACGUGCAUGAGAGUGAGUGGUAUCAUCAGGGGAUUCACUUUUUUGGUGUAUAUAUAAAAAAUGCUACAAUAACAGCCAAAAUAAUGAGUUGUUCAGAUGGCAAAGCAGCAGAGCUCUGACAGUGUAUAAAGUUAGCUUUCAGCUAAGAGACAUACUUAAGCUUUAAAUGUGUCAGUGUGCAAAUCAUCUUGACGUCAGAGCCGAUGACAGGAAGGAAAUGUUCUGGAUCUCGGUGUGCUAAGAGGAAUUAGGGAGGACAUAGGGCUAGAAAAAGCCAGGCUGCUGAAGCUGGAAAUUUAACUGGAAUAUUUUCUGUUAAAAUACCUAGCUGUAGAAAUGGACAAAAGAAUAAAAAUGUGAAAUCAGUAGCUUUCAGGACAGGAAUUCCGCUGUGAAGCCACACAACUGCAAUCAGUGGUCUGUGGGCACAGUGCCAGUGUCAGUGGGGCACACUGAUCUGCAUGACGCAGACAUUGUGCCGGACUCAGCCGCCCCAAACAUAGCCAGACAGCAAGCGAUGCCUUUGAAGGACUUCUGUUCUCAGCCAUUCAGCCUUACAGGGCAAGAAAAAGUUCUGCUCCCUAGUUUCCUGUUGAAACAGGAUGUGCUGUUAACUUAUAUUGAUCUGAAUUGUCCCCUUUGUGUUUACUUUAAAAUGUUAUCAAGGCUUCUUGUGUUUGUCUUCUGGGUGAACAGCUGGAACAGCAGAUAACGAAGUCCCAAGGAGAUUAAACAGAUUAAUUAUCCCAAAUGCGACCAACUCACGUAAAAAACUUCAAAGUCAAAAUGUUACAUUUUGCAUUCAGAGGAAAAAUUGUUUCCUUGCUGCAUUUUCUUGAAUAAAUGUUAUAAUCACAAAUGUUCCCCAGUACUUUUCUUUUUUAUGCUAUUUCCUUGCCUUCUAUAAUAUUUUAAGGCGGAUUAAAACUGCAGGCUGACAUCUAGUGGUCACUUAUAUAGAUCACACUUCAGACAAGUUAACUUAGGUCACAGAUUUUUAUAAAGCUCUACAAUAUUGGCAAUGUAUGUACACAGCUAGUGGCUAAUGGCUUCUUUCGAACAUUGAUUGUUUUAUUGAAUAGAAUGUUUGAAAACUGCUCCUGUGGUGUAUGUGAGCUGAAAUAUUCGGGCAGUGUGUAUGAGAGGUAGGUAGAUAAGCGUGUUUGACAUGCGUUAUAUUGAGAGAAAGCAUUUGUACUGUUGUUUUAUAUCUUUACACUGAUUCUUCCUUUCCUCCCCCACUGCCCAGGGCCUUUGCUAACUGUAUGCCCCUGCUGGAGGUGGAGGAUAUGAUGAUCAUGGGAAAGAAACCAGAUUCCAAGUGUGUCUUCACCUACGUGCAGUCGCUGGUCAACCAUCUGCGCAGAAUUGAGAUGACCCAGCGGGCCUACUCUGAUCUCUGACUUCUCGCCUCGCCCUCCACUUUCUAUGGCAAGGAAACAGUGAAAGUUCCUCUGCAGACGACCCUGUUACCCCUCUGCACCCGCAGCCUGAUCCUGGCUGACUGUCCUCUGUCCCCCUUUUUGCUACCUGCUGCAGGAUCUGCAAAUCUGACCGAGCAUGGAAGACGACUUAUAAAUACUGAGAAACUGCACCUCUGUGUAGUGUAAUUAACCAUGGCACGGGGGGCACUGGGCCAUUUCACUUGUCUGAGCUGGUUUCCAACCUAUUUGGUGUGUCCUGUUCUCACUUCCAGAGAGGAGGGUAAAAGCGGGAGUUCACACACCUGUCGAAUGACAUGACAAAAAGCACAGCAUGCAACCACAGCAGACUUGGCAACACAAGUUUCACACCCUGUAUUUAUCUGAGCAAGUUGUAAGCUUUAGGAAUUUUGCAUUAUUGAAUGCAUAAGUUACACAACUGACCAUCAACAUGACUAAACUAAAAUCUAUAAGUUAUAAAAGUUUUAUAUUCUCGUUAUUUGCUGAAACCAAGUGUUUUAUAUAAAAAAUUAGUUUUUAAGAUCAUCUUAGAUUUGACGUUAGUCAUAAUGCUGAUGAUCAUGAAAUCUGAGUUUUAUAUAGCUUAAAUGUUCGAUUUGGUACUCUUUCUUUUAUAUACAUUAUAAAACCAGCAUGCUUUUUACCACACACAUUUACUUGAAUUGUUUUCUUUUGCAAGAUGAUAUAAUUUUAUUAUUUCUAUUUAAAUAGAUUUAAAUUUAUAAGCCCUGGUAUGGAGAGAAUUUAUUGACUGGUUCUUAUAUAGUCGUUUUGGCACUACUACAAAUUUGUUGCCUUUUGCAGAGCUUUUAACCCUGACCAUAGUUUAGUGUAUGAUUUUGUCUGACUAGACCUGUUCUUAACGGAGAACACAGGGUAGAUAUCUACGUUUUUAGGCUGCGUUUCUCUGUUAACAUUGUGUCCAUACAAAAUAUUUGAAGGACAAACGUUUCACUGUGUUUGUAAAUUCCAGAACAUCUAUCAGAGGGACCAGGAAGGACCCUGCUGUAUUUCAGAGAAAUACCAGUAAGCAGUAACUGUGUUUGAGGAAAAAGUAAGUUGAAAAUAUGAGUCAUGGAAGAUUCUGGAAGGUUUUGUUUUAAAAAGCAGCAGUUUGGGUAGAGGCAGUCCUGCCUUAUAGGAUGUGGGUGUCACAUGCAUCCCCAUCCACUAUAAUAGCUUCUUAGCCCCCCCCGCCCCCCCAAGCCUAGUCUGGGUCGAUAGAGAGAGGGUCCCUGUCCUGACCACCUUCAUCAGCCAACAUCACCUAUGACCAGCUGCACACCCACACGUAAUCUCUUGUAUGAUUCUAUAGACAUGCAGCUACCUGUCUCUAUCGCCCUCUCCUGGCCAUGUUUGGUUGUAUCCUGUAUAUUUUGUCUUGCUAUGUUAAAUUUAAUCUUGUAUUAAUUACUAGCUGGCACUAUUCUAUGAGUAUUUUAUGUCUUAAAUUAUGUAUGGUUUAUUAGGUUUUUUUUUGAAGGAUGAGAAAAUGUUUCUCUCUACAGCCUUUAGCUCACAAGAGACUGGAUUUAGCUUAAGUACAACAUUAAUAACAGUUCUGUUAUUUCCAAUUCAGCAGACUGCUCCCUAUGUGAACUAAAAAGAGGCUCUCAGGGAACAAGAAGCUUUUUUUUUUUUUUUGCUUUUCACCAUCCUGUUUGGGGCACCUUGCACCACUAUAUUAAGCUUUGUAACAUGGGCUUCUGUUCUGCCAGAGAGAUGGAUGAUGAUAUCUUUGCUUGGCUAAAAAAGAAAUGCCUUCUAAAAUUGGUUCACUUCAUAUUUCCGAUUAGCAAUUGGCCUGAAUUAUGAGCAGGGCUGUAGAGGGGUUAGUGUUUUUCGACUGGAGCUUUCUGAUGUUCCUCCACUGCGGCUGACAGACAAAGCAAAGCAGCAGCAGGGUGGCCCUGCUCAAGUUUGUCCUCUGCAGCCAUGCAACCCGAGGACUCCCAUAAGCCAACAGACCCUCCAGCUACCGGCCAAAGCACAUUGUGGUAUCCAGUCUGUACCUCACACGUUAAUGUGAAUUAACUAUUAAACCAUGUAAAAAGGGA